CACGACGCAGAAACGAGAACCACUUCGCUAUGCAUUCGCACCCCUCUCCGUCACAUUCCGUUUCCUUCUUUUAUAUAAUAGCCCCCCCCACACGCACAAAUCCCCCUUUCCUUGUUCUCAUUUUCUGAAUAAUAAUUCAAUUACUCCUAAAUUAAACAAGAUUUCAAUUCUAGUUCGUUCAUAGGGAUUUCCCAAUCCCUAUUCCAUGGACGUCGAAAACGAGGAAGCUCCACUCCAACAACACUCUGAUUCACAAUGCCACACCGACCUGCCAAAUCUCCCCUACGCCUCUGCCGUUGACCUUGAAGAGGCGGCGGCAACGACGACGGAGGCUGUGGCGGUUGAACCCGAUGCGCUGGCGGUGUCCGACGAUGGCGCCGAAACGCAAGUGACGGACGUAGCGGGUGACGAGAUGAUUGAGGAGAAGGCGAACGAAGGAAUUGAUGUGGAUGACGUGGCUUUGGAGACGGAUAUGGUGGAAGAGGAACCGAAUUUGGCAAUUGAUGCCGAAGACGACGAAAUUGAGGACAGGAACACAAAUGAAGACGCUUUGAUGGAAGACGAACAACAACAAGAAGAAGAGGACGUAGAGCAAGAAGGAGAGGGGGAGGAAGAAGAACAGCAACAAGUAGAUGAGGAGGAAGAAGGAGAACAGCAACAAGAAGAUGAGGAAGAAGAAGGAGAAGAAGAAGAAGAAGCAGCAGCAGAAGAAGAAGAAGAAGAAGAAGAAGAAGAAGAAGAGAAGCAAGGAAAAGAAGAAGAUGGUGGAAUGGCAAUGACAGAAGACACAGAGAAGUCGGAGAAGAGUGCCGCUGUGAGUGGCGGGAAGAGGAGGCGUGGCGCUGGGAAGAAUGCUAAGGCUACAGGGAGAGUUGCAUCAAGGAAAAAGAUGGAGGAGGACGUUUGUUUCAUUUGCUUCGAUGGGGGUGACCUUGUGCUUUGUGACCGCAGGGGAUGCCCCAAGGCUUACCAUCCUUCCUGCGUUAAUCGUGACGAGGCCUUCUUUCGAGCCAAGGGAAAGUGGAAUUGCGGUUGGCAUCUUUGCAGCAACUGUGAGAGGAAUGCAUCUUAUAUGUGCUAUACAUGUACGUUUUCUUUGUGCAAGGGGUGCAUCAAAGACACUGUUAUCUUAUGUGUUAGGGGAAACAAGGGCUUUUGUGAGACAUGCAUGAGAACCGUAAUGUUAAUUGAACAGAAUGAACAGGGAAACAAUGUGGGACAAAUAGAUUUUGAUGACAGAAACAGCUGGGAGUAUCUCUUCAAGGACUAUUACAUAGAUAUAAAAGAAAAACUAUCUCUCACAUUUGAUGAACUCACUCAAGCUAAAAACCCUUGGAAGGGAUCUGAUAUGCUUCAUUCUAAAGAAGAAUCACCGGAUGAAAUUUUUGAUGCCACUAAUGACAGAGGAUCAGAUUCAGAUAGCUCCUAUGAGAAUGCAGAUUUGAGUCGUUCUAAAAGAAAAAAGGCCAAGAAACGGGGGAAGUCCCGUUCCAAAGGAGAUGACAGCUCAGAGUGGGCUUCAACAGAGCUUUUGGAGUUUGUUAUGCACAUGAGAAAUGGAGACAAAUCUGUUUUAUCUCAGUUUGAUGUGCAUACUCUUUUGCUAGAGUAUAUUAAAAGAAAUAAGCUUCGAGAUCCUCGCCGAAAAAGUCAGAUUAUUUGUGAUGCAAGACUUCAAAAUCUGUUUGGAAAACCAAAAGUGGGACAUUUUGAAACGUUAAAGCUUCUUGAAUCCCAUUUCCUUCUAAAAGAUGAUUCUCAGGCUGAAGAUCUGCAGGGAAGUGUUGUUGACACUGAAAUGAGUCAUUUGGAAGGUGAUGGCAAUCCCAAUUCACAUACGAAAGCUGGCAAAGAUAAGAGACGAAAAAAUCGUAAAAAGGGUGAUGAGAGAGGACUUCAAACUAAUGUUGAUGAUUAUGCAGCCAUUGAUAACCAUAAUAUUAAUUUAAUUUAUCUAAGACGUAACUUGGUGGAAGAUCUUCUUGAAGAUACAGAGAAGUUCCAUGAUAAAGUUGUUGGUUCUUUUGUGAGAAUAAGAAUUUCUGGUAGUGGUCAGAAACAGGAUUUGUAUAGGCUGGUUCAGGUUGUAGGUACAUGCAAAGCAGCAGAGCCAUAUAAAGUUGGUAAAAGGAUGACAGAAAUCUUGCUAGAAAUCUUAAAUUUAAACAAGACAGAGAUUGUUUCAAUUGAUAUUAUCUCAAAUCAGGAGUUCACAGAGGAUGAAUGCAAGCGUCUCCGCCAAAGCAUAAAGUGUGGCCUCAUAAAUCGGCUAACUGUGGGUGACAUUCAGGACAAAGCAUUGGUGCUUCAGGAAGCUAGAGUAAAAGAUUGGCUAGAAACAGAGACAGUGCGGCUGAGUCAUCUCCGUGAUAGAGCUAGUGAGAAAGGACGCAGAAAAGAGCUCAGAGAAUGUGUAGAGAAAUUGCAGCUUUUGAAAACACCUGAAGAACGUCAACGCAGGUUGGAGGAAAUUCCAGAAAUACACGUGGAUCCAAACAUGGAUCCAAGUUAUGAGUCUGAAGAAGAUGCAAAUGAAGUGGAUGAUAAAAGACAAGAAAACUACAUGAGACCAAGAGGGUCUACUGCAUUUGGAAGGAGGGGGAGAGAUAUUGUUUCUCCUAGAAGUGGUUCUAUUUCAAAUGAUUCUUGGAGUGGAACAAGGAAUUAUUCUAAUGUGAAUCAUGAACUCGGCAGAAAUUUGUCUAAUAAGGGAUUUUCAAUCAAAGGUGAUAAUGCUUCUAAUGCUAACGAGGCACUAAAUGAUGCUCAAUUGCAUCGGGGAAGAGAUCGGGAAUCACAACUAUCUAAUAGCUGGGAGAGGCAAAAGCUAUCUUCAACCUUGGAAAGUGGCGCUAAAAAUACCCAACCAUUGGUAGCAUCUGAGUCUUUUUCUUCUGCUGUAUCAGAAGCUUCUGCAGCACCAUCUUCUGCCGGAAUAACUCCUCCAGCUGUGAAAAUAAAUGAAACUGAAAAGAUGUGGCAUUACCAGGAUCCAUCUGGAAAAGUUCAGGGACCAUUUUCCAUGGUGCAACUACACAAAUGGAGUAACACAGGAUACUUUCCUGCUGAUUUGAGGAUUUGGAGAACCACUGAGAAGCAAGAUGAUUCUAUACUCCUAACAGAUGCCUUGGCAGGGAAUUUUUCUAAGGAACCAUCAAUAGUGGAUAAAGCUCAAUCGGUGUAUGAUUUACAUUACCCAUCCUCAUACUCUAGGAAGUCUCCACAACAAGGUAUAGAAGUUCAAGCUGGAGAAAGACUGUCAUUAGAUCAAAAUUGUGGAUCUUGGAAUUCACAUAGUACUCUGGGUUCUCCGGGACAAACAACAGGAGGAAGUUGGAGAUCUAAAGAUAAUAUGAAUUCUUUAGCUAAUAGAACUUCUCCAUUGGCAGUUGAGGUCCCCAAGAACCCUGCAAAUGGCUGGGGUUCUGAUGCUGGUGUUAGGAAUGAAGCAACAAAUCUUCCUUCACCUACUCCCCAGACUACUCCUGGUGGGACUAAGGGGCUGGCUUUUGAAAAUAAAUGGUCACCAACACCUGUCCAGUUGCCUGGGUCUCUCGUAGGAAAUUCAUUCCCAGGCAGUCACAGAGUUUUGCAGGCCUCUGUGGUAGUGCACCCAGAGCAUGCUGUACAAAAUGCUGAAAAAGGCUCAAGUUCACAACCUGGUAUUAGUUCAGCUUCUACGGAUAAUAACAAGUUACAUCCACAAGCAACAGCAGUGGCACCUGUUGUGGCUUCAGGGGUUGACAUCAAAAUGACAGGUGCAAAUAUGCAAAACCAGGUUGUGAGUAGCCACAACUCUCAUGCUGAAACUCAAGGGUGGGGUUCUGCUGGGGUUCCAAAGCCAGAACCACUGGCCUGGGGAGGUGCAUCAUCUCAAAGGAUAGAACCAAAUAAUCCUGCUACCAUGCCUGCCCAGCCAGCUUCCCAUGCCCCCUGGGGUGAUGCUUCGUCUGUGCAGAACACUGCCUCUUUUAACACUGGAAAUCCAAUUGCGAGUUUACCCACACCUGGAUUUCUGGGCAUGACUGCACCUGAGCCUUGGAGACCACCAGCUUCAAGUAGUCAGUCAAACACCACAGCUCCAUCUCCAGCUCAACCCAAUAUGCCUUGGGGCAUGGGCAUGCCAGGAAAUCAGAAUAUGAACUGGGGUGGGGUUGUACCUGCCAACAUGAAUGUAAACUGGAUGCCUGCGCAGGUGCCAGCACCUGGAAAUUCAAAUCCAGGAUGGGCUGCUCCUAGUCAGGGGCUGCCUCCUAGUCAGGGGCUGCCUCCCGUGAAUGCAGGUGGCUGGGUUGGACCUGGUCAAGGCCGUUCCCAUGUAAAUGCAAAUGCAGGUUGGGUUGGGCCUGGUCAGGGUCUUGCACCUGGAAAUGCCAAUCCUGGUUGGGCUGCACCGACUGGGAAUCCAGGCAUGUGGGGAAGUGAGCAAAGUCAUAAUGGAGACAGGUUCCCCAACCAAGGGGAUCGUAGAGAUUCUGGUUAUGGUGGUAAAUCUUGGAACAGGCAAUCAUCAUUUGGCAGCGGAGGCAGAGGAGGUUCUUCCAGGCCUCCUUUUGGGGGACAAAGAGGAGUCUGCAAGUAUUAUGAGAGUGGACGUUGCAGGAAGGGGACUUCUUGUGAUUUUCUACACACUUAGUUGUAGGGCUAAUUAAUUAGUGGCAGAGAAACAUCUCUUACUGUACAGUAUUUUCCAAUUUCAUGGCUAAACGUUGUAUUAGGAUGCGUCAUGUAUGUAGAACUUGUGCAUUGUAGUAUCUCGUUUAUUUGUCUUGCUUAAUUGUCUUUUUGGCGCUGUUACUUGGAGUUGACUUAUGCGAGAAACUAGUGAAAAGUUAUUUUUUUCUUGUUCUCUA